AUGGGUGAUCGGAUUCCUAUUGAAAUCAUCCUUCACAUUUUGUCCUAUCUACCCAAGAAAGAAAUUAUAAAAUUACUUACUAUCAACCACAAUUGGUUUAACGUUGUCUCAAAACAAAUAUACAACACUAUUGUAUUACGCGACAAAAAAGACCUGUUCAAUAUACGUAACCUGUUUACCGCAACUGCGAAACAAAGUCUCCAACACAAUCAUGGCUUUUAUUCUUCUUACAAUUAUGGUGCGCUUGUACGCAAGCUUGAUCUUUCUCGGUUGGACUGCUGUAAUUUAGUGACAGAUCCAGUUUUAAGAGACUUAACACUUGAUACUCAAAAUCUGACCAGUCUCAAUCUGUACAACUGCCACCAGGUGACCGACACUAUCUUUAAAAUGAUCCUCGUUAAAGCGAUCCACAUCAAACACUUGUUUUUGGCCGGUGCGACUCAACUAACCGGAAAUGCUUUGAUUAGCAUCAGAUCCAAACCACCAAUACUCCAGACCUUGAAUAUAUACUUGAUUCCUGAUUUUUUUCACAAUAUGUCUUCAAGAAAACUCGGUGCCCUGAAACCCGUCCUGGGAAACCUCCGAACGUUUAAAGCUGGGAAGUUAUGCACACGCCAUAGUGAAAUUUUGUGUACAUCCUUUGAAGGAUUAGAAGAACUUUGGUUACACGGAGCAACGGACCAUCAAGUCCGGAGUAUCCUUAUGCAGCACCACAGGAACAACACCGGCUGUCUUAAAUCCCUAACCCUCAAAUAUUGUAAACUAGACAAGGUCACCUUUAGUUAUAUACCACGCAGUAUACGACAUCUCACAUACGAGCACGGUCCUUGUUCAGACUAUGGCUGGCUGCAUAAACACAUCCAGAAUUUGGUGACACUCCGGUUGACCUACUCGGCUGACUUUAGUUUAGACGAGCAUUUGCACCAAGCCCGUGCACUCCGAGUAUUUGCGCCACCUUGUAUAUCUGGGAUAUGUGGACUACCACAUUGGUCUUCAUCAAUUAACCGAUUGAUUCUUACAAUUCCAAUGGUCUCCGAAGAUUUUGAUAUACUAAUGGACGCUUAUUGUAAUCAACUGGUCGAAUUACAGGUUGUGGGAUCAGGUCUACAAAAAUCAUUUGGGAGGUUUAUGCCAUGCCUGAAAAUAUUUGUGUGGAAGGUUGAGUAUAUCCCGCUUACAAGGUUUCAGACCCUACCUCGGUUGAUUCCGCUUCUCCGAGUGUUGGCAAUUGGAGUAAAUGACGAGAGAGAUGAUAAUAUCGUAAAUACUCUUGAAGGCUGGAAAUAUCUUGAAGUAUACCAUUUGAAGGUAAAAGAGCCGAGUGGGCUUGAAUACGAUUUUGGACAUGAUUUUCAAUAUUGGGAAAAACAUGAUGAUGUGUGGUAA